AAUGAAUCUCUCCACCUAUCUAGCUACAAUCUCACAAAUCCCUCCUUUUAUAUUUCUCUCUGUUGCUCUUGCCAUAAGCACUAGCCCACGCAUGUAAAGCCAGUUCAACAGCUAGCCCUCCUGCACAUAUCCUUAUAAUUAACAACCCAACCCAACCCUUAUCAACAAGAACAACCAACCAUGUCCAUCACAGGAUUCUCACACUCAGAUAAGAUUUACAGGUCAAUUCACCGGAGAAAUGAUUCCGGUGAACUUGACGUGUUCGAAGCCGCACGGUACUUCUCCGGCUGCAACGAGGUCCCCGGGUUGAUGAAUGGUGCAUCUUUUUCUCAAAGGAACAUGAGAGAAGAGAGGCAGAUGUGGGCAGGCAGAAGGAUGAGCUUAGAUAUGCCGAUGAGGAACCCACUUCCAUCGGAGUCGCAUCACAAUAUCGAAAGCCAAAUCAAAGAGAAGAAGCACAAGCAACCCAGGUCUCCAGGUGGUAGACUUGCUAGCUUUCUGAAUUCUUUAUUCCACCAAGCCGCUUCUAAGAAGAAGAAAUCAAAGUCCAGCGCGGAGUCGAUGAAAGAUGAAGAGGAGAGCCCAGGUGGGAGGAGAAAAAGGAGGAGCAGCAUUAGUCAUUUUCGAAGCACCAGCACUACCACCGAUUCAAAGUCGUUGCAUUCAUCUUCAAGCUCUGGUUUUAGAACACCUCCUCCUUGUGCAAACACUCCUACAAAGAUGUUCAAGGAUAUCAAGAGCUAUUCAGACCACAAGCAGGUGGCGCCUUUGUCGACCAAGUAUACUUGUGGGCAGGUAAUAAGGAGUGUUAAUGGUUUGGGUUUACACCACGAUGAGGCGUUGAACGAGAAGAGAAACAUGGAUUUGAGUUGGUUGGAUGAAAAACUGAAAUUCAAUGAUGGGUUUCGGGAGAAAACUAAGAACGUAAAUAGUGGGUUUUUGGAGAAAGAUAGAACUUGGGUGGGAGAGUAUAACUCGUCUGAGAAGAAGAAUUUUACAAGUUUUGGUGAAGUAGAUGAUGGUGGGGAGAGUGAUUCAAGCUCUGAUCUGUUUGAGCUACAGAAUUAUGAUUUGGGUUUCUACUCAAGUGGUCUACCUGUUUACGAGACCACUCAAAUGGACGCCAUUAAGAGAGGAGCACCAAUUCUUAGCGGCAGUUGUGGCACCCGAUGAUAUCAUUUGUUUUUUUCCUGGGUUUUGAUUAUUGUGAAUGUUUAGAAACCGUGAUGAAGGUGGCGUUGUUUUAAUUUGCUCAAUCCCUUUGUCUUUGUAUAUGUGUUGGGAUGUUUAUGUUUGUGUUCUGCAUUUCUUCUUUUCUUUGCUUAUUCUGAUUAAAAUAAGCAUUGAUCAUCCGCCAUGAAUAGUUUAUAUUUUAAUCUAAGAUUUUCUAGAGCAA